UUAGUUAGUAGCGAGAUUUGAGCGCGCAACGUUGACGUCGCGGCUGAACCAGCAACUAAAACGGCGACUGAAGAAGCGCUCAGAAACAGUGCGUACUCCCUAUGCUGAACGGCUCCAGAGUGCUGCUGGUGUGGUGUGCUGUGUGUGUGCGUGUGUGUGUGACGGCGACGGUGCGCAAGGCGCAGACAUGAAGUGAAUAAGAAAUUGAAAAGCACUAAAAGACAUCGCAGAAGCGCGAAUAAAACGCAAGAAACGUGGGCAAAGGCAAAGCCAAAGCCAAAAUCGAAGCAAAAAACCCGACAAAUCCACAACAACGGGGGCCCAACAGCGGCCACUGCCGCGGUUCCAGCGAUAAUCACAAAAUAUUUCUCUGGGGCCUCCAAAGCCAAAAAGCGCGAACAAUUUUGUCGGCUCCAAAACCGAACAUAAAUGCACGCAACAAUGGCACAUUCGUCCCUCUGCGGGGACUCUCAUCAAAAGGAUUUUGGAGCAGAUCUACAGAUGUCGAGGCAAAAAUGCAAUAUCAACCAGCAGCGACGGGGACGGCGACGAGCCUGGAGGGGGCCAGAUGGAAUUUGCGGGUCCUUCAGCCUGGCCAUUUUCGUGUUGACCAUUUGCAUGGCACACACGUCGUCUACCGUGGCUGCCAUUGAGAGCAGCACCAGCAGCAGCACAUCCCCCACAAUCGUCAUGGUGGCGGUCACGCCGAGCAUCGGAUCGAGCGGCGGCAACAGCAACAUUACCACCGAAGCUCCACCAGAACAGCAGCAGCCACAGGGCCAAUGCCUCCUGGACGGGCAGUGGGUGCCAGAGACGACGGUGCACUGUGAGAAGCACACAAGCUGCCGCGCCAUCCAGCGGACCGGCCACUGUUGUCCCGAUUAUAAAUGCGAUUGCGAAAAGGAUGGUAAAACUUAUGCCAAUGGUUAUAAAUUGGUCGAUCCGGAUACUCCAUGCACUGUCUGCUACUGCAAAGGCGGCGAAGUGGUUUGCAGCUCAGUGACCUGUUUCCGGCGGGACGACUGCAUGCCCAAAUACGUGCCCGGCCGCUGCUGCCCCGAGUACGACAAUUGUCCGAUUUUGGACAACAAUCCGCCGCUUUCCAGCGAGACGAGCAGCACGAGCACCACGACAAGCACCCAGAAGCCGGCUGGCGUCGCGCAGUCCGCUGGCUUCAACUGGAACAUAACCAUUAAGGAGAUCACGAAGCCCUCUGAGAUUCGGAUUACCGAUGAUAACAAAUCGAAGUCGGCGAUUCCCACCAGAAAGUCGGGAGUUACCACCGAGGGAGCACCGGCAUCGUCGGCAGCAACAACAACCUCGAGCAACUCCGUGGCGAGUACAACAGAUGCAACAACAGCAGCAACAGCAACAAAAGCAACAACAGCAGCAGCAGAUUCAACAACGGCAACAGAAGCAACAACAACAACUGUCGUGAUAUCAUCCACAGAAGCAGCGACAACAACACCAGCAACGUUGGGACAGUUGGGACAGCAGCUUAGCCAAGACACCAACCCGAAAGUACUUCCCGGCACUUCCAGCAGCGAGAGCUUAAAGCUUAUUGCCGCCGCCUCGGCGGGUUUCAUAGGUCGACCACAAAGCGGCAACGAAGUGGAACAGAAUACAAAGCUGCCAGCCGAUGGUCCGCUGCCCUUCGCCGAAAACGAUCCCAGCAAGGUCAGCUUUAAGCGGGAAUUCACCACAGAGAGGCCGAGCACCCAGGGAUACGAGGAAUCCGGAGCUGUGGCUGUGGCUGCGGAGGCUGCUGUGUUCAUUGAGGAUGCGUCUGUUGAGCUACCCGACGGGGAACAGGAACCAGACACAGCGGGUAGUGACAACAUCUACCACAUAAUCUCCACAACUGAAGGUCCCAGCUCGAGCUCCCCACUGCCAGGAAGCAGCAGCCCUAAAGGGAGGAACAGCACUGAGGCAGAUAUGAGUACGGAGGGACCCGGCAGUAGCACUGAGAUGCCGCCCAUGAGCUCCACCCAACACAUGGAUGCGGAUGAGGAUGUGCCACAAGUAGAGUCCAAUCCGGCGUAUCCCUCCCUCCCCGAAGAUGACUUCAGCUUGCGGGACGUCAACUUUCCCUUGGUGGACCUGGAGGAUAUAGCUGACUCUUAUGCCAAGGAUGAGCCGAGGAGCAUUCUGCGGAGUCCCUUCGAGGUGGACAACAAGCGUACCAAGGUGUUUCAGGAUUCCACUGUGGAUGGCAGCGGCAGCGGAAGUGGCAGUGGGGACAUGGAGCCCCAUCUGGAGGAAUCCUCGACAGUCGGUCACAGCAAGGAGCGCAGCUCGAUGGUGCCCCUCCUCAUGUACAGUGCGGAGGAUAAUUCCGGGGAAACGCGCUUUCAGAACGCGAGCGAUCUGCAACUGGAGAAUGUUGGCCGCAGGCAGAAGGAGAGUGAGACAAGCGAAGAGCUGAUGGGGGGUAGUGGGGAAAUCAAAGAACCCACCACACCGCGAACCAACCCCAGCACUGCCUUGGACAUCGAUGAGCUGGGCUCCGGUGCCGGUCAACUGCAGGCAUCGAGCGCUGUGGAUCCCAAGGCCGAUGCCGAGAGCCUCAAGCUCGACGAGAGCCAAGAGACUGUAGCCAAGAUGACCUCAGCAGAUGACAAAUCGUCGGUGCGUGCCGAAAAGAGUUUAGUGGAGCUGGCCAUGCCCCUGGGACGGCUCUACCUGCAGCGUAUCUAUUAGUCGGCAGCCAGCGGGAUCAAGAAACCAAUCCCUAAUUGUAUAUAAAUAUAUUAUAUACACUCCAAAGCCUUGGAACUCUUGGAAACACACAACGAAAAUCCAACAAUCGAAAGGAUCGAGUGUUAGGUGUAAGUAGUCAGAAAGUGAGUAGGGAGA